AUGGGUCGAGGCGGUGGCCAUGGCUGGCUUCAGCUCAUGGCCCUUCUCUUGACCGUGUUGAUCAGCUGCAGCAAGGCGGCGAGUUCGUCCAAGCAGCUACUGGGCAACCGGCUUUCCCCAAGGCUGGGCAGCGAGGCUGGGACCAACCAGCUGGAUUACAUUCUGUCUGCAACAAAUUUUCAGCAGCGACAUGUGCUUGCGCCCGAUGCACCGGCCCACGUGUACGUGGUCACGGUUGACGGUCGCCUGCACGCCUUUGAUCUCGCCACUGGCGAACGCAUGUGGCACUAUGACACGGGUCCCAUCAUCGAGGGCUCCGACCAGACCCCCGACGAUGAGUCUAUGGCCUUUGUUCCCGACGUGCUCAACGGUAACCUCUACACUGCCCGGCGCAACUCGCCUCUUCUUCAACGCCUUGAUACUACUGUCAAAGAUCUGGCAACCGACCAUCCACGUAGCUUUUACACAGCCAACGGCACCGUCAUCUUUCGCGGCAAAGCCUUCUCCUCCAUGGUUCAACUGGAAGCUGACACUGGUCGCGUGUUGCGCAACUAUGAUCUUGAGGAAGCCCUGACCACCGAGACCUCACCAACUCUGGACGCAAUUGAGACCCACGCCAUCUUUGUGGGGCGGACGCGUUUUCAGCUGCUCAUGAAUGAAGCCCGCAGCAACCACCUCCGCCUUAACAUGACGUAUGCCUCCCUGGUCCCAUCGAGCCGCAUUGCCUCGCCACAGCUCCUGGCGGCAUAUGGCAUUCGCCAAAACGAGUGCGUGUUGGGGGACUACUUUCUUCGCAUGGGCAAAGCCUCAGGCUGGGUGGCAAAAUUCAGCUCACACGUUGUUGACGUCAUGGUGGCCGACCCUGCCGGAGAUCUCUAUCGCGUCCCGGCGCAGCGCGAGGUCAGCGCCCACAGCGCCACCACUUCCCAGGACGAUCAUGGGGGUCAGAUGGUACAGGUCAAGCAACUUCCCAAUAAGGGUCUCGUAUACGUGGUGCCCGUGGACAUCAUCGUGGGCGAACUUGAAAGAGACUUGAACGUGCAUCAGAAUGACCUCGCACCUUACGAUCAGGUCGUUCGCCACCCCGUCGACUGCACCGUAUCGGGACACAGUGGCAGUGACAUGCCAUGGUGCCGAGCGCUUGGGUUGACAGCGGAAUCGGAUGCCACAGCCAUCCUCCAUUACACAGUUCUCUUGAUUACGCGGCACUUAUCAAAGCCAGCGCCGCGUCCUCUGCUUGCCUCUGAUUUUGAGCCGACGUCGUCUUCAUCCUUGCAUUCUACUACUCCGCCACUACCACCGUCAUCAUCAUCAGUUCCCAGGCCAGAUAUUCAGCUUGAGCAGCAGCCCAGGCUUAUUGAAGUGUCGGACAUCAUCCUGGGGCGUGGCAGUCACGGUACAAUUGUCAGCAAAGGGCGUUUUCAGAGCCAAGACAUUGCCGUCAAGCGUGUUUUGAAGCAGUAUUAUGAUGCCGCUCAGCUUGAGGUGCAGAUUUUACGAAACCACGAUCGCCAUGAUAACGUCAUUAGGUACUUGUGCAAGGAAGAGGACAAAGACUUUCUUUACAUUGCUCUUGAGCUCUGUGUUGGGACGCUCGUGCACUUUGUCGAAGCGCACGAAUCCAUGAGAUCUUGGAAGGGCAUGGAUCGACGAAAUUUGGACACCGACGUCCUGCGUGGGCUUGAGUACUUGCAUGGCAAGAAUAUCAUUCAUCGGGAUUUGAAACCGCAAAACGUUUUGCUUCGAGAGCAUGGUCAAGUCAUCCGGGCCGUCAUAUCUGAUUUUGGGCUUGGCAAGGUCAUCUUGGACGAUCGCUCUGUGUUCACUGCCACUGCUGUUGGCACGACCGGGUGGGUGGCCCCGGAAGUACUGCUAAAGCGCGUCAGCUCCAAGGCCGUUGACGUCUUUGCCGCCGGCUGUGUGGUUCACUACCUUCAUCACAACGCUCAUCCCUUUGGCAAGGAUGGUUAUGAGCGCGAGGGUCGCAUCCGUCACAACCAACCGCAGCCCCGCAAGUCCAAGGACAAGCUUUUGGAUGAUUUGAUCAACAAAAUGAUUCAGCAUGAAUCUGCAGAGCGGCCAGACGUGAGCGAGGCCUUGCGCCAUCCUUUUUUCUGGGAUGAUUCCAAGCGCCUUGCCUUUUUGGUGGAAGUCAGUGAUCGGCUUGAAAAAGUGGCAAAGGACGACGACGUCAUACAAGCUCUGGAGACCGGCCAAGACUUAUUACAAGACUUGCAACGGCGGCGCACCUAUGAUGGCAGUUCCGUCGUUGCGCUCAUGCGCGCCAUGCGCAAUAAGCGUCAUCACUACCAAGAAAUGGCCCCAGAACUCCGCGAGUAUUUGGGUGCCAUCCCCUCGGGGUUUUUGCAGUUUUUUACCUCCCGCUUUCCUUUCCUGAUUUGCCACGUCUACAACCGAGUGCGUGCAUCCUCCCUGGCGGAUGAGACACCGUUUCAAGAGUACCUGUGA